GUAGUUCUUAGCAUCUACGAUCGGACCCAAGCAACAUGUCGAUGGUAUUUGACGAGUAUGGCCGCCCCUUCAUCAUCUUGAGAGAUCAAGAGAAGACGGAGCGCAUCAAGGGUAUCGACGCCAUCAAGAGCAACAUCUUGGCGGCGCGUACGGUGACGAGCCUCCUCCGCACGUCGCUCGGCCCCAAGGGCAUGGACAAGAUGCUCGUGAGCCAGGACGGCGACGUGACCAUCUCGAACGAUGGCGCGACGAUCCUGCAGCAGAUGCAGGUCGAGCACCGCGUCGCCCACUUGCUCGUCGAGCUCUCGCAGUCGCAGGACGACGAGAUUGGCGACGGUACCACGGGCGUGGUCGUGCUUGCCGGCGCGCUCUUGGAGCAGGCCGAGAAGCUCCUUGCGCGUGGCCUCCACCCGAUGCGCAUCGCCGAUGGCUUUGAGGAAGCGUGCGCGAUCGCAGUCAAGCACCUCGAGUCGGUGAGCGACCGCAUCGAGUUCUCCAAGGACAACACGACGCCGCUCAUUGAGACGGCCAUGACGACGCUCUCGAGCAAGAUCAUCAACAAGUACAAGCGUCAAAUGGCCGAGAUUGCGGUCAGCGCCGUCACCAAAGUGUGCAACUGGGAGACGCGCGACGUCAACUUUGACUUGAUCAAGAUGGAGGGCAAGCCCGGCGGGACCCUCGAGGAGACGCGCCUCAUCAACGGUAUCGUGGUCGACAAGGACUUUUCGCACCCGCAGAUGGCCAAGGAAGUCCGCGACGCCAAGAUGUGCAUUUUGACGUGCCCGUUUGAGCCCCCGAAACCCAAGACGAAGCACAAGCUCGACAUUACGACCGUCGAAGCGUACGAGAACCUCUACGCGCAGGAGCAGGACUACUUCCAUACCAUGAUCAAGCAGGUCAAGGACUCGGGCGCCAACCUUGUCAUUUGCCAAUGGGGCUUUGACGACGAAGCCAACCAUCUGCUUCUUCAGAACGAACUCCCGGCCGUGCGCUGGGUCGGCGGCGUCGAGCUCGAGCUCAUUGCAAUCGCGACCGGCGGCCGCAUCGUGCCGCGCUUCUCGGAGCUCACGGCCGACAAGCUCGGCCACGCUGGCGUCGUCCGCGAAGUGGCCUUUGGCACGACCAAGGAACGCAUGCUGAUCAUUGAAGACUGCGCCAAGUCGGAUGCGAUCACGGUGCUCGUCCGCGGUGGCAACAAGAUGAUUGUCGAAGAGGCCAAGCGCGCGCUCCAUGACGCCAUGUGCGUCACGCGCAACCUCAUCAAGAACAACCGCGUCGUCUACGGCGGCGGCUCGGCCGAGAUUACGUGUGCGAUCGCGAUCCGCGAGCAUGCCAACAAGACGACCGGCAUUGAGCAGUACGCGAUCCGCGGCUUUGCCGAGGCGCUCGAGGACAUCCCGAUGGCGCUCGCUGAAAACUCGGGUCUGAGCCCCAUCGACUCGCUCUCGGCCGUGCGCGCCAAGCAGCUCAGCGAGAAGAACCCGCGCCUCGGCAUUGACUGCAAUGCGACUGGCACGUACGAUAUGAAGGACCAGCACGUGUUUGAGACGCUGAUCGGCAAGCAGCAGCAGCUGCAGCUCGCGACGCAGGUCGUGCGCAUGAUCCUCAAGAUUGACGACGUCAUGCUGGAGGGCACGUACGCUUAGAUUUUGGUUAGUUUAAUAAAAAAGAGUGUUCAUCAUCAGGAU